AUGGCCUCACCGAAUCCGAGGAAAGAGGCCCCCGUAACACCUGGUCCUCCGAGGUUCACAUUUACAACUUCUCCGGACCAGAUAGUUGACCGCUCGAUGUCUUCAACAGUAAUCCCAGACAUGCAACCACAGAGUUCAUUUUCGAAAAUAACACCUAGCGAGUCAGACUUCUGUGUCCCAGAUAACACCGAAGAGUUUUGGGCCGACAACCUACGCCAAGCGCGGAAGAAGAUAGCUCAGAUCCAGGCAACGGUUGAUGGGAAUGUCGGGAUAUCUACCCACAACCUCCUGGUCUCUGGUCUCGAGAAAAAGGAAAUUCAGCAACUUCUGCAGAAAAAGCAUAGUGGCUCCAGGGCCACUUUCACCGACGAGCAAGUUCUAUUCCAAACCAUGCCGGGAAACGCGCACGAGCAAUUGAUCGUGUUCUUACAGCAGAACUUCGCGAGGGCAAUGGAGGCGGCGAAUUGCCAGAUGACGAGAUCCACGUGGGUAGGUAUUGGCGCCACGAGCUCAAAGGGACGGUUUUGCGGAAAGGAGCCCGAUUGGGGUGGAAUAACUCGGACGGUGCCACGAAGCUUAUCCUCCUUUUCAAAAUCAAAGACACCCGGGGCUUCGCGGUCGAGGUUGAGUUAUGGGAAGAGGUGGUGGCCCAUGACACCGGUGUGGCAACCCGAUCGCGGCCUCCGUCUAUCUUAA